GCUCACCCCGAUCGUUGGUGCCUUCCUCAUAAGUUGCACGAGGAUCAUCCUUUUAACUCCUCUCAAACCAACCCCUUUCAAACACGCCUUAUAUAUACACGAAGAUGGUGCACUUCAAAGCAGCCGCUGUCACUCUUUUCGUAUUGGGUGCCACCACAACAGCGUACGUAACACAGUGAAUGAAGUUACAACUGCCGAAACGGACUAACAACAGAAGAAAGCUGUCUUCUCAAUAGACCAUGGGAAAACAAUUCCAUCGAUCACGCGCAAGUUGAAGUUUUAGUACCGCGAUCACACGUAGAAUUCUACGUGUGAUCUAAAACUAUCAUUCCAAUUUGUCGUGAAUCUGUUUUCUUUUAGGGUUUCACACUGAAACAAUUGUCUCACCUUUGAACUACAUUUCUCCUCACCUGAUCUUUUGUUGGUGGCAACUUCGACUGUAAUAUCUCACGACCCUGUUGGAACUAAUGCUAUGUCAAAAUACUUACACAACAAACGAUUAAUAUAUCAAACGACGACGAAAAAUGAUACGAACAAUUUGAUGAAUAUUUAAACAGAUGGACUCCCGCAUCCCGAACUGUCGCCCCUAGCGCCAGUCUCUUCGGCCAACGCGAUGCUGUCACCUCCGUCUCGAAGACGCUUCUUAGUGUCGUCACGGAUCCAACUGAAUCAUCAACCGAUAUUGAUGUAAGCAUGGGAUCUGGAGGCGGUAUGUUCACUGCCACGAAUGCAGAAAAUAGAAGAAUUGUCCCCGAAAACCCAGACGGCCGCCCCACAAUGAAGGUCGUUUAUGUCGUUCUUGAAUCUCAAUACCAAUCAUCCAUGUCCGCUGCUGUCAAGAGAAUCAAUGCCGCCAACCCUAACAUGGCUGUAGAGUGUGUGGGAUACCUUCUUGAGGAGCUUCGAAACGACGACGCCUACGAACAAUUCAAGGCUGAUGUCGAAGACGCCAACAUCUUCAUCGGAUCGCUCAUCUUUGUCCAAGAGCUAGCAGAGAAGGUUGUUGAUGUUGUCAAGCCAGCUCGCGAGAAUCUUGACGCAUGUCUUAUCUUCCCUUCUAUGCCUGAAGUCAUGCGACUGAACAAGGUCGGUUCUUUCACAAUGAAGAACCUUGGACAAUCCAAGUCUGUUGUCGCCGACUUCAUGAAGAAGAAGAAGCAAGAAGAUGGAUCGUCCUUCGAGGAAGGAAUGUUGAAGCUUUUGCGAACUCUUCCAAAGGUCUUGAAAUUCUUGCCUUCCGACAAGGCCGCUGAUGCCCGGACUUUCAUGAUGUCUUUCCAAUACUGGUUGGGUGGUUCCCCCGAGAACAUCGAGUCCCUUUUGAAAAUGGUUGGACAAGACUACGUUGAGGAUAUUUCCAAGAACAUGGAAGGAAAGGAGAAGAUGGAAGCCGUAGAGCCUAAGCUCCUCCCUGACAUUGCCAUCUGGCACCCUGUAGCCCCUGACGUUGUCUUCGAGAGCUACAGUGAUUACAUGAGAUGGUACGACAACGAAUUCUGCCCUGACGCCGGCAUCGACGCGAAGACCGCUCCCACUGUUGGAAUCCUGUUGCAGAAGUCUCACAUCAACACUAAGGAUGACACCCACUACGUCUCCUUGAUUGCAGAGCUCGAGUCUCGUGGUGCUCGUGUGGUCCCUGUUUAUUCUGGUGGUUUGGACUACUCUGGACCUGUUAACGACUAUUUCAAGGAUGCCAACGGCAAGGUGAUUGUCGACACCGUCGUCAACCUUACUGGUUUCGCCCUGAUUGGAGGACCUGCUUCCCAGGAUCACAAGAAGGCUGCUAAGGUUCUCAAGGACCUGAACGUGCCUUACCUUUGUGCCGUUCCGCUUGUCUUCCAAUCCUUCGAAGAAUGGCAAUCUUCCGAACUCGGUCUUCACCCUGUACAAGUCGCCCUUCAGGUUUCCCUCCCCGAAAUUGAUGGUGCCAUCGAACCUGUCAUUUUUGCCGGACGUGAAGGAGCCACCGGACGAUCCGUUCCAUUGGCCGACCGUGUGAACCUCCUUGCCGAGCGUUCCCUUAAGUGGGCGAACCUUAAGAACAAGGAAAAGAAGGACAAGAAGAUUGCCAUCACCAUCUUCUCCUUCCCUCCUGACAAGGGUAACGUCGGAACCGCAGCUUACUUGGACGUUUUCGACUCUAUCCAAGCUGUCCUCAAGCAGCUCAAGUCUGAAGGAUACGAUGUCGGUGACGCUCCCGAGACCAAGGAAGAGAUCAUGGAAGCCGUCCUCAACGACCCCGAGGCCCGCAUCUCUUCUCCUGAGCUUAAUGUUGAAUACAGAAUGAGCACCGAGGAAUACUACGACCUGACCCCUUACGCCACAGACCUUGAGGAGAACUGGGGACCUGCUCCAGGAAACCUCAACUCCGAUGGCCAGAACUUGGUCGUCUACGGAAAGAAGUUCGGAAAYGUCUUCAUCGGAGUUCAGCCUUCCUUCGGUUAUGAGGGAGAUCCCAUGAGAUUGCUCUUUGCCAAAUCCGCCAGUCCUCACCACGGAUUCGCCGCAUACUACACUUACUUGGAGAAGAUCUUCGGAGCUGAUGCCGUGCUUCACUUCGGAACUCACGGAUCUUUGGAAUUCAUGCCKGGAAAGCAGGUCGGUAUGUCUGGUACAUGCUACCCUGAUCGUCUGAUCAACACUUUGCCCAGUGCGUACCUUUAUGCCGCAAAUAACCCUUCUGAAGCAACCAUUGCCAAGCGUCGUUCGUACUCUGCUACUGUUUCUUACUUGACUCCCCCCGCAGAGAAUGCUGGUCUUUACAAGGGAUUGAAGGAACUCAAGGAACUCAUCGAAUCUUACCGUGGACUCAGAGAGAACGAGGGUCGCGGACCAGCCAUCGUUAACUCCAUCAUCUCCACUUCCUACACUUGCAACUUGGACAAGGAUGUCGAUCUUCCUGACCUUGAAACCUACGAUUCCGCAAGUGACACCAAGGAAAGACGUGAUGACAUCGUCGGACAAAUCUAUGCUCAAAUCAUGCAGAUCGAAUCCCGUUUGUUGCCAUGUGGUCUUCAUACCGUUGGUGUCCCACCUUCGGCCGAUGAAGCUGUCGCCACUCUUGUAAACAUUGCCCAAUUGGACCGACCUGAAGAUGGUAUCGAAGGACUUCCCCGUGUCAUUGCUGCCUCUGUUGGCCGCGACAUCAACGAUGUCUACCGUGGUAACAACGAAGGUGUCCUUGACGAUGUUGACCUCAACACCAAGAUUACUGAAGCCGCCCGCGCUGCUACCCGUGCACUUGUUGAGCAAUCCACUGACGGAUAUGGACGUGUCAAGGAAGUGAAGUCUGUCUUCGCUGAUGUCGGAAACAUGUUCAACUCAUUUGUAGGAAAGAAGAAGCCUUGGACCGAAGCCAUCAUCAAGGCCGGAUUCCCUGAUGUUUCUGAAGAACGCCUCGAAGGUGUUAUGCAGUAUCUUGAGUUCUGCUUGAAGCAAGUCGUUGCCAACAACGAACUUGGAGGAAUCAUGGAACUUCUUAACGGAAACUUCUUGAUGCCUGCCCCUGGUGGAGAUCCAAUCCGUAACCCCGAUGUCCUUCCCACCGGACGAAACAUGCACGCCUUGGAUCCAUCUGCCAUUCCUACCCAAGCCGCCGUCGAGGUCGCAGAGAGUGUCACCAACAAGUUAUUGGACAAGCUCAAGCUAGAAAACGAUGGGCAAUUCCCCGAGUCCAUUGCCUUCACCUUGUGGGGUACUGAUAACAUCAAAACCUACGGAGAAUCCUUGGCCCAAGUCUUGGCCUUGGUUGGUGUCCGACCAGUGUCCGAUUCGUUGGGACGUGUCAACAAGGUUGAACUGAUUCCUCUUGAGGAACUUGGUCGCCCUCGUAUCGAUGUCGUUGUUUCCUGCUCCGGUGUCUUCCGUGAUUUGUUCAUCAACCAAAUGAACUUGAUGGAUCGUGGUAUUAAGAUGGCUGCCGAAGCUGAUGAACCCGCUGAAAUGAACUUCGUACGAAAGCACGCCAUGGAAUCUGCAGAAGAGUUGAAUGUUUCUCUUCGUGAGGCUGCAUGCCGUGUCUUCUCCAACUCUGCCGGAUCUUACUCUGCUAAUGUUGGUCUGGCCAUCGAGAACGGAGGAUGGGAAGGCGAAGAACAACUGCAAGAGCAGUUCUUGACCCGUAAGGGAUUUGCCUUCAACGCCGACAAGCCCGGUAUGAUGGAACAACAAGCCGAUCUCUUCAAGUCUGCCCUGAAGAAGGUUGAUGUCACUUUCCAGAACUUGGACUCGUCUGAAAUUUCCAUUACUGACGUUUCGCAUUACUACGAUUCCGAUCCUACCAAGGUCGUCGAAGGACUUCGUGACGAUAAGAAGAAGCCUAUGUCGUUGAUGGCUGAUACCACCACUGCUAACGCACAAGUCCGUACCCUUUCGGAGACCGUCCGUCUGGAUGCCCGCACCAAAUUGUUGAACCCUAAGUUCUACGAAGGUAUGCUCAGUACCGGAUACGAAGGUGUCCGUGAAAUCCAGAAGCGUCUCCGUAACACCAUGGGAUGGUCCGCCACUGCUGGAGAAGUCGACAACUUCGUCUUCGAAGACGCCAACGAUACCUUCAUCAAUGAUGCCGAGAUGCAACAGCGUCUUCUCGACACAAACCCCAACGCCUUCCGCGACAUGGUCACCACAUUUUUGGAGGCCAACGGACGCGGCUACUGGGACACAAGCGAGGAGAACAUUGAGCGACUGCAAGAACUUUACGCUGAAGUUGAGGACCGCAUCGAGGGAGUCUAAAUUUUGUUCUCUUCCUUCCAUUGCUAUCAGAAAAUCUAGAAAUAACCGACUAACUUUUUCCCUCUAUUUUUCCCUGAUCGGACAGACGAGCGAGUUGACACUCAUGAGAUUAUUGCGCCAACCAGAGCCUAAACGAAUCAUCGAACAAAAGUAGACUUGUAAA